AUGUCAACACCCUACGACGGCGCCCUCAGCGCCAUCGACGCCGCACACGCCCUCGACCCCAACAAAGUCGACAUCAACGGCACCUCAACACCCUACGAACUGCACUACGCACAGAAAUGUACCGCGUACCUCGCCCAGCGCGCCCCAGACGCUUCAGAAACACUGCGUCUCGCCAUCCGCGCCCAGCACUUUCGUCGGUGGGAAGUGCCGCGCUCGUCGUACCCGCAGACACGCCCGGGAUACCACGCGUGGCGCACGUUUCUCAAAAAACGGCAGGCGGAGCUCGUUAGCAAAAUAUGCCUAGAGGCGGGAUAUAGCGAGGCUGAUGCCGAGCGUGUGGGCGCGCUGAUACGUAAAGAAGACCUUAGAGAAGACGAAGAGACGCAGGUGCUGGAGGAUGUGGCGUGUCUUGUUUUUCUAGAUGACCAAUUUGAGGCGUUUGAGAGGGAGCAUGAUGAGGAGAAGAUUAUUGGGAUACUGAGGAAGACGUGGGGGAAGAUGAGUGAGAGGGGGCAUGAGUUGGCGUUGGGUAUGGAUAUGCCGGGGCGGAGGGGGGAGGUGCUUAAGAAGGCUUUGGGGGAGACGUAG